CUGUAACUUCCAAAUAUUCAUAAUUAUUUACUACAUUUGUCAAUAUUUGUGGUCAUACUGAUAAUAUUGCACCCUCUUUCGCGCCAAAAAUAGCUUAAACACCAACUUCCUGUUUGAGUAAUCCAUCACAGAGCGGUAUUUAUUUCACCUGACUAGUGGUUUCAAAUGGCCGCAGGAUUGAAAACGCCAACAUUUAAGUUGGUGCUGGUUGGAGAUGGAGGUGUAGGAAAAACAACAUUCGUAAAGAGACAUCUUACAGGAGAAUUUGAAAAGAAAUAUGUUGCUACUCUUGGAGUGGAAGUACAUCCUCUUCAAUUUUGUACGACCAGAGGAAAUAUCAUGUUCAAUGUGUGGGAUACAGCUGGACAGGAAAAAUUUGGAGGACUCCGAGAUGGCUACUACAUCCAAGGUCAGUGUGCAAUCAUUAUGUUCGAUGUGACCUCAAGAGUAACAUACAAGAAUGUGCCCAACUGGCAUCGAGAUUUGGUGCGCGUUUGUGAAAGUAUACCCAUUGUGCUUUGUGGGAACAAGGUGGACAUUAAGGACAGAAAAGUGAAAGCUAAAUCAAUCGUAUUCCACAGGAAGAAAAAUCUUCAGUACUAUGACAUCAGCGCUAAAAGUAAUUACAACUUUGAGAAACCCUUCCUGUGGUUGGGAAGAAAAUUAGUCGGAGACCCCAACCUCGAGUUUGCUGCAAUGCCUGCCCUCGCUCCCCCAGAAAUCAACAUGGAUCCUCAGCUGGCAAAACAAUGUGAACAUGAUUUAGAGGAAGCACAACAGGUAGCACUACCAGAUGAUGACGACUCCGAGUUAUAGGCAUACAGUGUGUUAAUGGUUCGAAGAGGAUGAACCUCCGCUAUUCUCUCUACAAAUAGAUAUUGAUUGUGGAAUGAGUCACAUAAGAAACUUGUGAUAAUACAUUAAGCCAUCAUUACCAGGGACAUUUCAAUGUUAGAGGGAAUUUUUGGCAAAGGUUUAUGCUCUUCGUAUGUGAAUGUUGCGAAAAGUUUAGUGGAAAUCUUGCGACUCAGGUCACCAAUGUUGUUUUUUCGAAAAACAUACCACUUUUCUACCUGUAAAUGAAGUCGUGAGCUUAUCACUAGUAAGAAAAAUUGCGAUCAUGGAUAGCCCAGCUAAUGACAUUGAAUGUCGCAAAAGCAAUCUCCCUCAUGGACACCUAUUUAUUGUUAUGAAUCUUUCUGAUUCCCUGUGAUGUUUGCCUAGGAUUUCAGAAAUGUUGUAACAGUCAAAUCAGAUGAAUUCAGUUUAAGUGAACUUUACAUCAGCGAUACUCGAGUUAGCAGCUGGCACAAGACAAAUUCGGAAUUUUGAUAGCGACAGAUUGAUUUCUGUAGUGAACUGACCCUGAACUGUAACAAUUCUCACUGGAGUGAAUAGACAAAUUGAAUCGGAAUUAAUAUACAAAGGGAAGACCAAAUAUUCUCUUUUGUUCGUUAUCACCUGUAUUGGUGUUCUACUGUGAUGUUGUUAAAUAGCUGUCUUGAUGUUUCUGCAAUUGAGGAUAAGGAAAAUGCAAUCAAAGUAAACAGAUAUUCAGCACAAUCCUUUUGGAAAUAACUAUCUAGAUAUUGUAUAUUCUCAUAAAGGAAUCUAGGUGUACAUGUAUCGUCCAUAUGGCCAAAAACAACUGCUUGCUGAAAAUAGUAAUUGAAGAUGUAUGCCUAUUGCCUGUGCGAGUUAUAAUAAUAUAUGGUGUUUUUUUUCUAUGACCAAGUAUUCGGUUGCAACAAUAUUGUUUGGAGUGGAUUAUUGUUGAAUAAAGUUUUAAUGAUUUGGCCUGAAUUUUUUUGUUUUGGGAAAUAUUUGAAAAUAGUUGAUAUUAAAAAGAGAUUAUAACUCUUAAGACUGCUGCUUGUGGUGAUUUUAUUUUAACAUCAGCCAUAUCAGAAUAUUCAUAAUAUCUGACAGAUGGAGAAUAUGGCUCAUAACUGUUGUAAAACUUUUCCAGUUUGAUGGCGAUUGUUUAAUAUUUAAACCUUUUUCCAGUGAUGUCGUGUGGAAUGUACUUGUAAUAUAUAAGCUAUUCAGUGAUAACAUAAUUUUGAAGACUAUCAAAAUGGAACAUCAAGUGUAAUGUUUAAAAAAGGAUUUUUUAUGAUCAUGUUUUUAAAUAUAUUGCUUCCGUCAUUUAAGUUACUUGCAUCAUUUAAGUUCUCGUGGAAAAGAUAUGUUAAUUUGAUAUUAUUAGAACAAAGUCGAAGACUAAAUGUCUGAAGAUCUAAUUAAUUUUUCAAGGCAAUGUAUAAGCAUUGUUUUUCACGGUAAACCAAUUGUACUAUAGAUCACAAUGUAAAGUAUGAUUUGUGAUACAUGUUUUGUUUGACAGAUGCAGACCUAUUGUCAAUAAAAAAACAAAAUUCUUUAAAA